GAACGACUCGUUACAAUGUAGCCCAAGAUCGCCGAGAGAGACUGUUCAAAGCGGAUAACAUGAAAACAUUCCUACACAUAGGUAACAGUUGCUGUCAGGCAAGACAGUUCCAUCUUGGAAAGGUCAGAAUUUCACCAACUCAUGGAAGGAACUUUGCCUUUGGUUGCUAAAGGACUUGCUCAUCAUAGACUGAUACCCUUACUUACUGCUUACGAUGGCAGAAGACGCAGACACUGUGUUAAGGAAUGGAAAUGGGCAGGAGGCUAGUCAUCCAGGUAUGCUUGAAGAAGAGGUGCAAGCUCUCAUGACAGGCUUGCCUUCAGCAGCCAAAACCCAUACAGACAACAGCACCCCUCUCUGGCCUCCAUCACCACCACCACCUCCACCAUCUGAGGAACGCUCCCGCCCGCAAAGCUCAGACGCGAUGAUGGACAACCUUGAUGUCUGCAGCAACAGCAGCUCAGGUGGUGGUGGGACCGGGUCGCGACCCAACAGUAGGAAAGCGGACUUGGAGGACCUGGACUCCUUCAACCUGAUCGAGCCUCCUCCCCUGGACUGGAGGUCCGACUCCUCCAGCGAGGCGGGAGGCGCGGCGGGGGAGGUGGACCGGGGGGAGACGCCGGAGUACACCGGCACCCCCAGCGAGGACGGCUCUCAGCUGGCCUCCUCCAUCCCAGAGGCCCCUCUGCUGCUGCCGUACCACCAGGUGGAGGACGACUACCGGAGCCAAGACGACGUGGGGAGGAGAGGUGCCGAACGAAGUGGCGAGGAGGUUUCACAAGAUGAGGUAUUAAUAGGAGAACAUUCGAAGCAGGAGGAGGAGAACCAAGAGAAACAGGAAGGGAAAGAGAAAGCGGAGGAAAUGCAUCAGCAGCAGGAACAGCCACAGGAGGACGAAGAGAAGAGUCAGGAAGCGGAGGAGAAAGCGAACGAGCCGAGCAUUCAGCAGCUUGACGUCGACCACUCCCGUAUCCACACCCUGCUCUCCCACCUGCAGCUCCUCAACCCAUCCCCCACCCCUGCCUCGGACAGCUCCAGCCCCAGUCCAGAGCCCAGCCACAACACCUUGCUAGACCUCUCCGACUCCAGAGGGGGUGGUGGUGGUGGUGGUAUUGGUGCGUCUUAUGGUCUUCACCACAGAGGUGGCCGUGCGACAUAUGGCGACUCCAUAGAGGGUGUGUGCCAUGUCGACUCCAGAGGUAUGGGUGCAACGUACAGUGACUCCAUGGAAGGUGUGUGCUAUGUGGACUCUGGAGAUGGAGGUGCCUCUUAUGCGGACUCCAAAGCAAGAGUUGCAUGUGGUAGUGAUCCCAUCGGAGGUGCAUCUUAUGCUGGCUCCAAGGCAGGAGGAGGUGCAUAUUGUUCUGCCGACGACUCCAGAGGGGGUUCCUCCUACGCCCCACUUCCCUGUCUGGGCCCCGCUGACAUCCUGCAUUCCCAGGACUCCUCUGCGUCGGGCCUGCUCUUCACCGAGAGCCACCAGCGAGACAUGCUGGGUCUCCUGGAGGGAGGCUCCUGCUCCCCCGAGAAAAAGAGACCACCGCCACCCCGCCCUAGCCUUAGCCCCCCGCACCUGAGCUACGGGCACCUGAGCGCCGGCGUGGACGCCGUGGUGUCUGUGUCGUACAGCCAGGAGGACGCAGAGCGGUACUGGGAAAAGAGAGGAGGACACGAGCGGGAUGGGGGAGCUGCCGAGGAUGAGGUGCAUGCGGUGGAGUACUCGGGGGAGGAGGUGGAGGAGGCGGAGGGGGCGGUGUGGCAGAGGAGGGAGGAGGAGGAAGAGACGCCCGCGGAGGAGGGGGGAGAGGAGUUUGCAGCCAGCGGCACAGAUGCGGAUGCUGAACCUCGGCCUCCAUAUAAAGAUGUGCCUGGCCCGUGUGACCCAGACGACCUGUUGGAUGGGGUGAUCUUCGGGGCCAAGUACCUGGGCUCCACGCAGCUGCAGUCGGACCGGAACCCCUCCACCAGCGCCCGCAUGGCCCAGGCUCAGGAGGCAGUGGACCGCAUCAAGGCCCCAGAGGGUGAGUCCCAGCCCAUGACUGAGGUGGACCUCUUCAUAUCCACACAGCGCAUCAAAGUGCUCAACGCUGACACACAGGAGGCGAUGAUGGACCACUCUCUGCAGAUGAUCUCCUACAUCGCUGACAUUGGCAAGGUGGUGGUGCUGAUGGCACGGAGGAAGCCUGUGGGACGCAAGGGCUCAGACGCGGCACAGAGUGCCAACCCCGCCGUACCACCAAAGAAGUGCUGGAUGCUCUGCCACGUCUUCAUCUCUGAGGAUGCUCAGGUGAUUGCUCAGGCCAUUGGGCAGGCAUUUGCGGUGGCCUACCAACAGUUCCUGCAGAUCAACGGCAUGAAGCCUGAUGAGUAUGAUGACUUCCUCAGCACCCAGGAACAGUACAACGGAGACCUGGUGCACUUCUCCUGCUCCGAAAAUAUCAGAGAGGUGUGUAUCCGCAAGUCUCUGGGUGAGAUCCUGGGCCUGGCGGUGGUGGAGUCCGGCUGGGGUUCCAUCCUGCCCACGGUGGUGGUGGCCAACAUGCUGCACGGGGGCCCUGCAGAGCGCAGCGGCGAGCUCAGCAUCGGCGACCGCAUCAUGUCCGUCAACGGCACCAGCCUGGUGGGGCUGCCCAUCGCCACGUGCCACACCAUCAUAAGGGAUCUAAAGAAUCAGACUAAAGUGACCCUGAGCAUCGUCCACUGUCCACCCGUCACCAUGGCGAUUAUCAGACGGCCCGAUCCCAAAUACCAGCUGGGCUUCAGUGUGGAGGACGGCAUUAUCUGCAGCUUGAUGCGUGGCGGUAUCGCAGAGAGAGGAGGCAUCCGCGUGGGCCACAGGAUCAUAGAGAUUAAUGGCCAAAGUGUCGUGGCCACACCGCACGACAAGAUUAUCCAGAUCCUCACCAAUGCAGUCGGAGAGAUCCAUCUGAAGACGAUGCCUGCAUCUACUUACCGACUGCUGACUGGGCAGGAGCAGCCCCUGUUCCUCUGAGAUGGGAAGGAGGAGGAGGUAGACGAAAGACAAGAUACUGUAUGGGAGAGACGAGAGAGGACAGAGGGAGGAGGAGGAGGGAGACAAGCAGUUGAGAGAUAAGAGAUGGUAAAUGGAGAUAGAGAGCGAAAGAGAGCGAGAGAGCAAGUGAGUGAUGGAGGAUUUCACAUACUCCACUCAGGUGACAACAAAGGCAUCCUUUGAAGCUAGCACUCUCUCUCUCUCUCUCUCUCUCUCUCUCUCUCUCCCUCUCUCUCUCUCUCUCUCUCUCUCACUCUCGCUCUAUAUUGCUCUCUCUCUCUCCCUCUCACUCUUCUUUCCUCCCUCUCUCUCUCUCUCUCUCUCUCUCUCUCUCUCUCUCUCUCUCUCUCUCUCCCCUUGCUUCCCUCUUCCUCUCCCUCUCUCUCUCUUUCCUCUCCAUGACUGCCCUGCCUCAGCCUUCUGCCCUGCACAGCCCAGCUGGCCUCUCUACCAUCAAUGAACUUCAAGAGUGUCGUUUGUUCAUUCAUGAACCACUGCGCGAGCACACACACACACACACACACACACACACACACACACACACACACACACACACACACACACACACACACACACAAGGUGCCACUGUAAUACAGUAUUUCAUUAUUUUUACAGCCAUUGCCCGCAAAGCUAUGGAGACGGCAAUAGUUUACAUACAUGAGGAAAAGUACAGAAAAUAUUUUAAUACAGAUUUUUUUAGGUGUAUCGUUUUGGUAUGUUAGAUAAAAAAGCAAAAUAUAAUGCUUAUUUAUUUUUAUGCCUAGAGAUGAGAGCAAUUUAAUACAUUUGCUGCACGUACACUGGGGCUGAAUCCGGAGCAUUCACUUAUUCACCACAGCAGGGCACCAUGUAGGAAACAAAACGAUGCAACUGGUGUCCUAUGUAGUGUACACUACACACUAAGUAGUGAAUAAGCAAACAUUUGGGACACAGCCUUGGGGCCUAUACUACAAAGCUGGUUCAGGAUAAGUUAAGGUUAAGUGAAGAGGUAAAUCAUCUAAUAAAAGAGCCUGGAGUCCUAAUUUUCGUAAGAAAAGCUCUUGUAUUAGAUGAUUAUACCUCUUAACUUAACCUUAACUUAUCCUGAACCAGCUUUGUAGUAUAAGCCCCUGGUGUCCUAUGUAGUGUACAGGCAAUGUAGUGAAUAAGCAAAGAUUUGGGACGCAGCCUUGGUGUGCAUUUCGUCUUCCAUGUUUCUCUGUAGAGUAUUAUGCCUGAGGUCUAUGCAAUUGUAAGAAAAGCCUUAUUUUUUGGUAUGCUAUGUUGUUCUUGUAUUUCACUUUGUCAUAUAUAUGGAGACACCUGAGAUACUGUUGACCCCCUUUGUCCCGUCACACACACACUACACUGUCUUUGUGUCAUUCUGUAGACCUGAAAUAACAAUGUCCCACAGUCUUAAAUAAGGUUAGGCCCAUGAUCACAAGUGCUCGUAAAACGUUCUCUGUAACCCAAUGUCAGUGCCUGUACGCGAGGAAAAACAAACUUUAUUGUCAACACUCUGGAUGAACAUUUCAGCACAAAUAGUAAUAUAUCUUUUUAAUGACUGAUGCCUAUUAAAAUGAACUGUCUCGAAUGUGUUGUGUUGUUGACUUGCUGGGCAAGACUGUUUACUGACUCCAUUUCACUCUGUCUUUUGUCUGUGAACUUUCCAUUUUUGUUUGCCAUUCUGUUAAUUAACCCAAGUCUUGAUUUUAA